CCACUGUUCUUGGCAAACCUCUUAGACAUUGACAUUGUCCCCGAAUCCGUCUUAGCCUUUCAAUUAGCAGCUAUAAAAGCCACCUAGAUGCGCCACCAACGCCAGACGUUAAAGUGACUCCCGUCCGUUGGUAUCGGGACUCAGUUAUAGCCUGAGAUUUCAGUUUCAUCCUAUCAGCUUCAGCCUACAGCUUCCCUACUGUUGAGAUCACUCGCCAUGGUGUUCGACUCGAAGAUUAGGGUGCCCAAGUACGACUCGGAUGCUUUCGACAAUGUCGAGUAUGAGCUGCAGUUUACGUACACGCUGGAGACGGAUCGCCGGAUCAUGAGCUUCUACGAUUCCAUGUGGGGCAUGGAGGUGUCCGGAGGGAGCGAUCAGUUCGAACCACUGACCAUUGUCAAUGUCUCGCCCACGGGCUUGGCCAAGCGCGGAGGAAUGCGGGUGGGUGACGAGAUCACCCAGAUCAAUGAUGUGCCAGCCUUGGAGAUGACCUUCAAUGAAGCCCUUCAGAUGUUCCGGAAGAACUCGCACUAUGUUCGCGUCUAUGUUAGGGGUGAUGACGAUGUCCCUGGCGAGGAGGAUUGGACCUGCGAUUGCUGGUUUAAGCCCAGGAAGCCCUGGCGUCGCGACUUCACCCCCAUUCAGUGGACCUUCCCUUGGAACGAUCGCCGGAAGCCCGUCUACAAGGAGUCCAACUGCUUCAUGGUGCCCAGCAAAAUGGAGGAGAAGAUUCGGGCCAGACGUGCUGCCACCUCGGCUGUCCACAAGAAGGAGGAUGCGCCUCCGCACACUCGCUCGCUCACUCCAACGCCCAGGCCCAAGAACCAGCCAGGACCCAAUCUUCUAGAGUCGGUACUAAGACCACGUGGACCUCCACCACGAGAAGUUUAAGUGGGCGAUCCGUAGGAUGAAGCUGACUAGGAAAACAGGCAGCGUUGAAUACGCUGCAGUGUCUGAGGAUUCUCAAAGAAUAUGAGAGGCAGGCUGGCAGCUGUGCCUUAAAAUGCUUGCCCAAGGAUUUGGAAAAGUGUUCCCAUCCGAUCACUGUCCAAAUCAUGUCCAGAAAAUGCUGUUAGAUCUUUGCUGGGAGGAUAGUUUAAUACAGUGCUUCGAUGGAAUACCCAAAAUUUAAGUUGAAAUGCCAUUCAAAACGUUGAACAGAGAUUAGGAAAAGGGUCUUUCGGGGAACCCUGUUGCAAUGCUGUCCAUAUAUAAUAAAGAUUAUUUAUAUAAAAAUCAGGUAAACCCUGAGAAAUUAGUCGCUCUUUUAUACUCUUGCAUGGUAUUAUAAUUUUAGUCAGGAGC